AUGGUUGACAUCCGUGAGUUCUUUGGCAACCAAAAAUCAGGAACCGUAUGUGUUCAGAUGAUUGUGUCUUUUUUUUUCACCCUUUUUCCGAAAUUUUACUAACGACUUUAGAAACGAAAACCAGAGCAGAGUCAACCUGCCCCAGCUUCAAAACGGGCAAAACCACAGGCAAUGCCCAAGCAGGAGGUCAUUGAGCUCCUUGAUGAUGAUGAUGACUUUGAAUUUGACGAUGACGACGACGAGGAGGAUGAUGACAACGACGACGACGGUUAUGACGACGAGGAGGACGAUGACUUUUCCGAGGUUAAGCAAACUCCAAAACAAUCGCGUGCCAAGUCAUCUAGUCCUCGAAAACCAGCACCUAAAUCUCAGCCUAAAACAUCUCCGAAAAAGAAGGCACCCGCCAAGGACACUGCUUCUUCCAAGAAAACCAAGCAUUCCCCUGAGGUAGCCGAAGGAGACGAAAACAUCGUUGAAAAAGUGCUUGCCUCUAUACCGGAUGCCGAAUUGCCAGAGGUUGAUGACUCGGUAAAGAUCAACUACUUUGCCCAGAAAGCCCAGCAGCAACAGACUCCCGCAACGGACCCCUCGGCAGUACAGCUACCAGAAGCUAAACCGUACUGCUUAAGUGGGUUGACAAUCAUAUUCACGGGCCAAUUGCCCAGACUAGAUAGGAAUCUAGCUGAAACUACAGCCCAGAGGUAUGGAGCCAAAGUGACCAAAGCAAUCUCCAAAAAGACUAGCUUAGUGGUUAUUGGAGCCGACGCAGGACCAUCAAAAGUCAAAAAGAUCAAGGAAUUCGGCAUCAAGGCAAUCGAUGAAGAUGGGUUUAUCCAGUUGUUGGAAAGCAUGCCUGCGGACGGAGGCACGGGAAAAGACGCACGGAAAGCAAAAUUGGCUCGUGAAGAACAAGAGCGAAAGGUCAUUGAAGAUGCAGAAGAGGCUGAUAGAAUGGAGAGGGAAGAAGAAGAGAAACUAGAGAAGGAGAGAAAGGAGAAGGAGAAACUUGAGGCAAAGCGUCGACAAGACGCUCUGGCCCAGCAAAAAUCCAAAGUGGCGAAUGGAGCUUCUUCUCAAUCGAGUCUGUCAAGAUCGCAACCACCUCCCUCGGCUUCUUCUUCAUCUUUGCCUGUGCGAGAAGUUGCGGCCAAAGAGAAGUUAUGGACCGAUAAGCAUGCACCAAAAGACUUUAGCCAGCUAUGUGGAAACAAGGGCCAGGUGCAGAAAUUGCGAAGCUGGUUAGAGCACUGGUUUGAGAACAAGGCUAAAGGGUACAAAGUGGGACAGCUGGACAGACCAGAAAGUUAUAGAGCUUGUUUGAUAAGCGGUCCACCAGGGAUAGGUAAAACCACCGCUGCCCACAUGGUGGCCAACUCGCUCGGAUUCGAUGUGUUGGAGAAGAAUGCGUCGGAUGUUCGUUCCAAAAAGAUGUUGAAUGAGAAAAUCAAAUCCUUAUUGGGCAACACAUCGGUUGUUGGGUUUUUUAAGCACCAGCAUGAUCAUGAAGAUCAUGCCAACGCACGGAAGAUCUGCUUGAUUAUGGAUGAGGUCGAUGGUAUGUCGAGCGGUGAUCAUGGAGGAGCCGGUGCAUUGUCUCAAUUUUGCAGAAUUACCGAAACGCCAUUGAUUUUGAUUUGUAAUGACAAGUCCUUGCCCAAGAUGCGAGUAUUUGACAAGGUGGCUUUGGAUUUGCCAUUUAGAAGACCCAGCGAGAAUGAAGUCAAGAGUAGACUCAUGACCAUUGCAUUGAGAGAAGGGGUCAAAUUGGACCCCACCAUCAUUGGCCAAUUGGUCCAAGCUACAUCCAACGAUAUCCGACAAAUGAUUACUCUUCUUUCCACCGUGUCCAAAACGCAAAAACACAUUGGUGUCAACAAUGCUCAAGAGAUCCAAGCUUGGAAGAAGCAAGUCAUCUUGAAACCGUUUGAUAUCGCGGGUAGAUUGUUGUCACUGGGGAUAUGGACGGCUCCGCAUCAAAACACCAACGAGAAAUUGGACUUGUAUUUCAAUGAUAUCGAUUUUGCCCCGUUGAUGAUACAGGAAAACUACCUAAACACCAGACCUAGGUUGGCGGGAGCACACAUUAAACAUGUGGCACAAGCGGCAGAUGAUAUUAGUGCUUCCGACUCGAUCAACUCCUUGAUUCGAUCGAGCGAACAGCAAUGGAGUUUACUCCCAUUCCACGGGUUAAUGUCAACGGUGAAACCUUCGUAUGAAACCGCGGGACAAAUGACGGGGAGAUUGAAUUUUAGCAGCUGGUUAGGUCAAAAUUCCAAACAGAUGAAGUAUCAACGAAUGCUUCAAGAAUUGCAGUACCACACGAGAAUCAGGACCUCGACAACUAAGCAAGAAUUGCGUCUAGAUUACAUGACGCCACUAUGGGAGAAGCUCAAUGCGCCGAUUAAGAAACUCGGUGAAGCCGGCAUCGAUGAAACCAUUGCAACUUUGGAUGAAUAUUACUUGACAAAAGAAGAUUUCGAUAACAUCGCGGACAUGUUGAGGGAACCCAUUAACCUCGACACCAAGGCCAAGACGGCUUUCACGAGAAAGUACAACAGCGCAACUCACCCCACAGUCAUAUACAAGACGGGGAACUCGUUGACAAGCGGAGGCAAGAGAGCUGCUGCACCAAAAGUAGACUACGAAGAUGUGGUUGAUGAUGACAUGGAGGAUGUAGCUGACGAUAACGAGGAAGAAGACAGUGACAAGAUUGACACCAAGAAGGACAAAUUGAUCAAACAAAAGGCAUCAACCACGAAACGGAGUGCAACGUCCAAGGCCAAAGGUGCCCCUGCUAAAAGAGAGCCAAAAAAUAGACCAUUAGUAAAUCAGUAA